AUUGCAGUCCUCAUCAGAAGAGAUAAGAUAGAAGAUAGAGUAGAAAAUUACAAAAACUACUCGACAGAUGUUGCGAUUUCGGUGGGAGCUGAUGUGCAAUUCCGACGCCUCGUCUCUUUAAAUCUUGCCAUGCUUGGCCUGCCAGGAAUUUGCAGGUCCCAGAUCUCUUUAAAGGAACAAGAGAAGAGAUCAUGCAGAGGGAGAGAAGUAUACGAGUUGCCGGCAAACCCUCGCCUUCUUCCAGCCAUGCCGACACCAAGGGCAAAAAUCUCUCCUCGCCUUUGUUCCUCUUCCCCAAUCUAAACCCUACCUCCAUUCUCGAACCCAAACGCUCGCCGUUCUCGAAGCGGCCGCCCAAGGCGCCUCUAUUGGAAUUGCAGUCGGAGCCAAUCGGCCUCGCCAUUCUCGACGCUCUCGUCGACGACAAAGAGAACGGAAAGAUGGUCUUGUUUGGAUCGCAGUUGAAGGUCCGAAUCCCAUCCAUGGAGUCGCUACGCUCGCCCAUUGAGUUCGGCGUCAAGAACAAGGAAUCCCAGUUGGCGUUGGUCUCCCCUGGCCGACCCCUCUCGCCGGCCGUGACCGCGUCGGCGACGGAAUUGGAGACGUUGGAGAGCUACACUUGCGUGAUCUCACGCGGUUCGAAUCCGAAGACCACCCAUAUUUUUGAUGACUGCGUCUUGGAGAGCUGUGGCGACUGGCGAUCAUCAAUUUACUCCACUCAGGAAGAGCAGCACUAGGUGCGCUUGAUUCGAAGGAGUGAAAUUGAUAAGAAAUUAGUUAUACACGUAGGAUAUGUUAUAAGAAACAUAAAAGUAAUAUUUUUUUAAAUAUAACCUAUUUUUAUAUGAAAUACGUUGCUCAAAUUAAUUUAUUUAUUUAUUUAUUAUUAUUAUUAUUUACAAUUCUCCCUAUCAAAACUAAACAAAUAAUAUGAUCAAUCAAGU